CCGUUCCCGAGCGGGGAGAUCUGAUGCUGGCCGUGAGCCCCGAACUGAGGGCCAAUUACUCGUUUAUUUUCCAGUUACCUGGGCUCGUCAGAAAUGCGUAGACUUCACUUAAUCUUCAUUGAACGAUCCAAACCAGGAGCCCAAGCUGUCUGUUUCCGCAGAAUUGAAAUGGAAGUCCCGCCAACAGGUCACGUGAGGCUGUGUGCCGCACAUCUGUCCCACCCUCCGCUUUGUGACGCAGGAUCACGUGGUGUGUACUCAGACACCCUGAGCCAAUAGGCUGGUCCUGGACUUUUUUUCCAUCUGGCAUAGUUUGCAUUUUGUUGUUUGAUUGUUUGUGGUUUUUGUAUUGCUAUACCUAUGCUCUAUUCUUGGUUGGUGCGGCUGUAAGGAAACCCAAUUUCCCUCGGGAUCAAUAAAGUAUGUCUAAUUAGACCUGCGGUGAGAGAUUUAUAGGAAGAAAAACCCCAACUGGAAGCAAACCACGACUGAAGACGAGGGAACAGCAACAAGUGAACCAGCCCGAGGAUUGAGAGCAUCAACUGGAGAGGACCCAUCUGACUCGGAGAAUCCAGUGAUUCAGUCAGGAGAAAGUUUGGUUAAAAAUGACAAGGAAUUUGUCUACGGGAAUCUCGAACACAACACGCCGGUUUUGCUGUCUCUGUCCAGAUAUUUAAGAAGUGGAGCAAGGGAUUCACUCGAUCAUCUGAGCGACUGGCAUGCUCGUCAUUUUACACAGGGGGGAACCCAUUCACCUGCUCAGACAGUGGGAAUGGAUUCAGUCAGUAAUCUCAACUGAAGGUUAAACACAGCAAGGAAUUUGUCUACAGCAAUCUUGAGCACAACACGCCAGUUUUGCUAUCUCUGUCCAGAUAUUUAAGAAGUGCAGCAAGGGAUUCACUCGAUCAUCCUUCCUGCUCAGACUGUGGGGAGGGAUUCACUCAAUCAUCUGACCGACUGGCAAGCCCAUCACUUCACAGGGGGUAACCCAUUCAUCUGCUCAGACAGUGGGAAUGGAUUCAGUUGGUUAUUUCAACUGAAGGUACAUCAGCAAGUUCACACUGGGACAAGGCCAUUCACCUGUUCUGUAUGUGAAAAGGGAUUCAGUCGGUCUUCCGACCUGUGGACACACCAGUCAGAUCACACUGGGCAGAGGCUGGUCAUCUGCUGAAUUUGUGGGGUAGGAUUCACUCGGUCAUCUGACCUAAUGGCUCACCAGCGAGUUCACACUGGAGAGCAGCUGUUCACCUGCUCAGACUGUGGGAAGGGAUUCACUCGGUCAUCCGCCCUACUGAGACACCAGGCAGUUCACACCGGGGAGCGGCCGUUCACCUGCCCAGACUGUGGGAAGGGAUUUACUUGCUCAUCUAAACUGAAGGUACAUCAGAGAGUUCACACUGGAGAGAGGCCUUUCAUCUGCUCAGACUGUGGGAAGGGAUUCAGUUCAUCAUCUCAACUGAAGAUACAUCAGCGAUUUCACACUGGGGAGCGGCCGUUCACCUGCUCAGACUGUGGGAAGGGAUUCACUUCGUCAUCUGAACUGAAGGGACAUCAGCGAUUUCACACCGGUGAGAAGCCGUUCACCUGCUCAGACUGUGGGAAGGGAUUCACUCGGUCAUCCGACCUACUGGUACAUACGUCAGUUCAUACUGGGGAGAGGCCGUUCAAAUGCUCAGACUGUGGGAAGGGAUUCACUCAGUCAUCUAAACUGAAGGUACAUCAGAGAGUUCACACUGGGGAGAGGUUAUUCACCUGCUCAGUGUGUGGGAAGGGAUUCACUUGGUCAUCUAACCUAAAGGCACACCAGCGAGUUCACACCAGGGAGCUGCCGUUCACCUGCUCAGACUGUGGGAAGGGAUUCACUUACUCAUCUCAUCUGAAGGAACAUCAGAGAGUUCACACUGGGGAGAGACCAUUCACCUGCUCAGACUGUGGGAAGGGAUUCACUCGGUCAUCCCACCUACUUGUACACAAGUCAGUUCACACAGGGGAGAGGCCGUUCACCUGUUCAGUGUGUGGGAAGGGAUUCACUCAGUCAUCUCAAUUGAAGGAACACCAGUCAGUUCACACUGGGGAGAGGCCAUUCACCUGCUCAGAAUGUGGAAAAGGAUUCACUCGGUCAUUCCACCUCCUGAGACACCAGCGACUUCACACUGUGUAGAAGCCGUUCACCUGCUCAGAUAUUUGGAAGAGAUUCUCUCAGCCAAAUCAACCAAAUGUGCAUCACUGAGUUCACACUGGGGAGAGGCCGUUCACCUGCUCUGAAUGUGGGAAGUGAGUCACUCAGUCAUCUAACCUUAUGUAACUCUCGCUUCAGCUAGCAGUUUAAUAUAGGGGGUGAUAGCCCUCCAGCCCGGCCAAACUUAAGAAAUCUCGUUUGGGUGGAUGCUGUGUGAUGUGUUCCCUGUUACAAAUCAGUACCCCGAAAUAACAAACAGUAUACCAUAUGUGAUUAAACGAUUGAGCUUUAUAAUUCUUACUUUGACUGUAGGGUUAGUAAAGGAAACAAAAAAUAAGCAAAAGGGCCCACUCUCUCCAUUCGUGUCUUCUCAUCUCUCCCCAGCAAAAGACCAUGAAAUCUCCCUUCCAGACUCACAAGAAAAAACAUUUCUGUCAUUGGAAAGCCCUGCACGCCAAAACCCUGUUAUCUCUAGUCAUAACCUAAACAUUGCUGCUACAGAGAACCAUUACCUCAGAAGUGAAACAUUACAGAGAGGCCGUUACAUUAGCAGUGAAACCUUACAGCAUGUUACACUUGUGAUACACUACCGGGUUCACACUGGGGAGAAAGUUUCAAUAAGCUGCUUGCUGGAUAUUUGUCCAUCACAGUUGCUGAAUGCAAUUUUGAGAGUGACUGUUGGUGCUGAACUCUGCAAUUAUUGCUGGUGCUCACCACACCCAGUUCUGCACCCUGGUCACUGGGCAUGGGAGGAGUUUCUUCUGCUGCAUAUUCACCUUUAAUGGAACUGUAGUUUAAUAUUCUAGAUCGGAGACAAAUAUAUCAGUUCUAUUUUAAACUCUGUCUCCAGACUUAGUGAAUUUAUAACGCACCAAGUAUACAGUAGAGAAUCAACUCAGGCCGGCUGGACCCUGCCAGUGAUUCAGUUCCACGACGGUCCUUUGAAAUCCUGCCCUGUUGUUCAUCUCUCGCUCUCCCUGUGCUUAUGGGUUCCAAACAGUCACCACUCUGUGGGUGAAGAGGCUUCCCUUGAAUUUUCUGCAGACUCAAGAAGUCGAGCUGACUGCAGUUCUGUCUGAGAUGUUCUUCGCCUCUCAAGUCUCUGGGCUGAGGAAGAAUGACAUUGGUCGUUAACUUCCGUAAUGACGACUCAUUUCCACAUUAUGGGUCAUUUUCCCUGCUUCGAAAGGGUUGUUAGAACACACCACUGUCCUCUAAAGACUGAAAGCAGAAUGGGAAACCAUUAGUUGGAUGUUCAAUGAAGCAGGGUCAGAAACCAGAGGCAGGUCUGCACAGGACAGUUUGUGGAUCUGGAUGAUGGUCGGGGUAAGAACGUAUGAUGAGGAGAAGGGAUAUGAUGGGGGUGCGGCAACGAAUGACAGAGUAACAACAUUUGGAAGCUGAUUGACAGAGAAAAUCUUUCAGUUGUCUGACUGGUGACACAAACAAUACCUGUGGUGAGGUGCUCCACUGGUCGAGGAACAUGUGUGUGUGGGGAAUGGUUUUAUCUAUUGAGAGAAUUGUUUCUGCUUGUUUAUCCUGUAAUAUUAUAUCCGGAUGGUUAUUAUGGAUUGUCCUAUCUGAAAUAAUGUAUUGAUUAUCAUAUAAUUUGUAAUAUUUUGACUGAACUGGAUCAGGCUUGAAAUCUGAUGCCUUUAUGAAGUGAUGGAGGGCCUUCAUGAGUUUGUAUUUUAAAGCAAGAUUUUUGUGAAUAUUAUUUGCCAUUUGAUUGUACCUUUGCAAGUAAUCAGAUUGAGUUAAACUGCUGCAGGAUCCUGGAAUGUGUUGGAUUGUGUCUGGUUUCUCUUGGCAUUUUCUGCACUUACUGCCUUGUUUUUAUGUGAUUAUGAAGACACGUAGUCCUCUUUUAUUGUCAUUUAGUAUAAUGCAUGCCUUAAGAAAUGAUACAUUAUUUCCUCCGGUGUGAUAUCACAAAACACAGGACAAACCAAGACUGAAAAAACUGACAAAACCACAUAAUUAUAACAUAUAGUUACAAACAGUGUAACAAUACCAUAACUUGAUGAAGAAAUCCGUGAGCACAGUAAAGUUCAAAGUUUCUCAAAUGUCCCACAUCUCACGCAGACGGGAGAAGGAAGAGAAACUCUCCCUGCCAUACCCGACCACAAUCCGACUCUGAGUCAUCCGAAAACUUCGAGCUGUGAUCAGCUCUCUGACACCGAGUACUGAGUCCGAACGAUUCGACCUCAAUCUCGGUCACCAAAAGCAGGCAAGGCCGGGGAUUAUGAGGCCUACCCUCCGAAACAUUCCCGACCACACAGUAAUGACAGCAGCAAACGAGCAUUUCAUAAAUUUCUCCAGAUGUUCCUCUGUGCUUUCACAUCCAUUCUCCAUCAAAUCAGAGUUGUCCACGGCCCCUAUUUAACAGAUACGAUAUCAUUUUUCACUGGAGGGCUGUGCACACGCAGGCGUGCCGCCAUCUUCUCCUACCACCAUGUUUUUUUUCCUUUUGUUAACCACCUUGUCCCAUAUUUCUGCAAGGAACCGCUCUGUUUCUGGGAAGAGGUCUCCAACUCUCAGUCAGAUGCUCGAUGCUUCCUUGUCACCAUCUCGUCUGCUCAGAUCGUUGGGAUGUCUCCCAUGGAGGGUCAUACUCAUUCCACUGGUUAAUGUUUUCUUCCAUAGUGAUUUUUCAUUUUCCUGAGUUGGCAUCUCAUUUAAGUUUUCUGGUCUAUAUUUCUUAUCACAAUUGCAUGCACACACAUGGAGUUCUGAAUCCUGUUCAAUUUUGUUGAAAGUAUAUACUUAGAAGUUUUAUCUGACCUUUGUGUGAUAUUUUUUUCAUGUGUGUUACUUCUCUUCCUCCUUCUGUCCAAGGUAGUGUUAAUCUAAGUGUGUUUGAGUGUAAAUAGUCGUUUCUAAGGUUAUCAUUUCAGUUCUUAUUUAUCUUUAAAUUUUACUGAUUGAAAUGGGACCAAGAUAUUUUUAUUUUUUUUAAAAAAUCAAUGUUGGUAUUGAUAAAAGUGUUUAUUGUCUUUGUUGUAUUUGUUAACUUUGAGCUCUGUUUGGCAGGUUUUUAAACGCCUUGAACUAAAUUUUGUCAAAGGUUUUCCCUAUUUCACACUACUUUCUAUUUUCUUUGCUUGUUGAUAUUCCAGAUAUGAGGGUAUCAAGAGUCCCGAUGAAGGGUCUCGGCCUGAAAUGUUGAUUCCCAUCCAUAGAUGCUGCCUAACAUGCUGAACUCCUCCAGCACUUUGUGUGUAGUUCUCUAGAUUUCUAGCAUCUGCAGGUCCUCUUGUUUCCCAGAUACUUGUAUGUUUCUUGAAAGAACAAGCUGGUAGUGGGGUUGUGUGGAUCUGUUGGUAAAAUAUUAAAUAAAAUCAUUAGAAAGAGAUGGCAUAGGGUUGGAAGGUGUAGAAUCUGUUGGUAGAAUUAAGGAACAGCAAAUGUCAAAAAAAAAAAAAUCCCUGAUGGGAAUUGUAUAGAGACCUCCAAACAGUAGUAAGUAUGUGGUCCACAAAUUACAAUGGGAAAUAGAAAAUGUGUGCCAAAAGGGCACACAAUAGUCAUAGGGGAUUGUCAUGCAGGUGAUUAGGAAAAUUAGGACGGUGUUGGUCUCAAGUGGAGGAAUUCCUAGAAUGCCUACAAGAUGCUUUUUUAGAGCAGCUCGUGGUUGAGCCCAUUUGGGGAUCAACUAUUCUGGAUUGGGUGUUGUAAUGAUCCAGAAUUAAUUAGGUCACUUAAAUUCAAAGAACCCUUAGGGCCAAGUGAUCUUAAUGUGAUCAAAUUCACCCUGACAUUGGAGAAGGAGAAGCUAAAGUCAGAUGUGGAAUAAAGAGAAUUAGAGAGGCAUGAGAGGAAAAUUGGUCAAAAUUGAUUUGAAAAGAACACAGGCAGGGAUGAAAACAGAGCACCAAUGGCUGGAAUUUCUGGAAGCAAUUCGGAAGGCACAGGAUAUAUACAGUGGCAUGCAAAUGUUUGGGCACCCCAGGUUAAAUUUCUGUUACAGUGAAUAGCUAAACGAGUAAAAGAUGACCUGACUUCCAAAAGGCAUAUAGAUAAAGAUAACAGAUUUCUUUAUUUUAAGCAAGAUUACAUUUUUAUUUCCAUCUUUCACAGUUCCAAAAUAGCAAAAAAGGAAAAGGGCCCAAAGUAAAAGUUUGGGCACCCUGCAUGGUCAGUACUUAGUAACACCCCCUUUGGCAAGUAUCAACACUUGUAAACGCUUUUUGUAGCCAGCUAAGGGUUCCCAUUCUUGUUUGGUAAAUUUCUGGGUUCAGUGUUUAGUAGCAAAGCACUGAUUGUGGAAAUUACAAAUCAGAAUAUUAUUACAGUCACAGAGCCCAGCAGCACUGAAACAGGCCCUUCGGCCCUCCUAGUCAAUGCUGACCUGCUUUUGUUUUUACUGCCUAUUUCCAACUACCUGCACCAUAGCCUUCAUUAAAUUUCACCACAUAUAACCGUGAGAUUCUUUUUUCUGCAGGAACACUUAGCAAAUCUAUAGAAUAGCAAUGGAAUCAAUGAAAGAUCAAGUAGAGCAUAUAAUUCAACAAACUGUGCAAAUGCAAAUAUAAUUAAAUAUCAAUAGAUAACAAGAGCAAUGGUUGUAACCCUGGGGAACCCAAAUGGACCGGGCCUUGAGUCCAAUAAACAGCCUCCCACCAUCACUCUCUGCUUCCUACCAUCAAAACAAAUGUGCAUCCAGUUAGCCAACUCUCCCUGGAUCCCAUGUGAUCUAACUUCCCACAGCAACUUAUCAUGCUGAACCUUGUCAAAGGCCUCACUGAUGCCCAUGUCGGCCACGAUCCUGGGACAGAGGUGUCACAGAUCAGAGGGCAUAGAUUUAAAGAGGACGAAGAGGAUUAGAGGGAUCUGAGGAAGAGAUUUUUCUCUCGGGGGUAGCUGAAAUCUGGAACACACUGUCCGAGGUGGUGGUGGAGGCAGGUCCCUUCACAACAUUACGAAGUGGGUGAGCACUGAAACUGCCGAGAUACAGUCGGCUAUGAACCAAGUGCUGAUAAAUGGGAUCAGUGUAGACAGUGAGUGGAUGGUCAGAACAGGUAUGUCCCACCAAAGGCCUGUUUCCGUGCUGUGUGAUCCACCACUCCGGACAUGACAAAUUAACGAUGGUGACACCGCAAGGCAUUGAUUUCAAAACUCCACACCCCUCUCCAACCUGAAGUAAACCAGACUGAACCCCUUUGUCACCACUGCGAAUAUCUGUUUCUGUCAAGGUAACAUACAAAUUGGUCACUUCUGCUAAACAACUGGCAAUUGAUUAAGUCCCUGUGUCGUCUUCCAUUAAUGUUGCUUCCUUACAGCAAAAUUAACCCUCUCACUGUGUCAGAAUCAGUGAUAAAAUCCGACCCCAAACACCGUACUUUCAUAUCGCUGCACAUUGUAAUUUGAACCAUCUCACUGAGGGUCUGAUGGAGACACAACCCCUGCCCUCUGCACAUGUGGUCACAUCUCCCCUGCUUCUGACAUUUCAAAUACCCUCAGAAUGGUUUUCUGAUUCAGUCUGAAGGUUAUGGUACAUUCAGCUCAUCGUCAGACCUGACAAACCAUGUCUUCCCACAGCUGGUUCCACCUGUUGGUGUGUCCUCUUUCCUCCACCUCCAGGGAAGCUGCAUCUCCACACAAACUCCUCACUUGAGACGACUGUCUGUACCAGUGACACAGGAAAUCACAUCACUGUCACUCUCCUGAUACCAUCCGGGAAGCGGUACCGCAACAUAAAAGCCAGGACCAACAGGCUCCGGGACAGCUUCUUCCACCAGGCCGUCAGACUGAUGAACUCACGCUGAUUUGAGUGUGCUCUAUAUUACAUUGUCUGUUUUAUUUAUUAUAAACUAUUAUAAAUUAUUAUGAUUGCACGUUGCACAUUUAGAUGGAGACGUAACAUAAAGAUUUUUACUCCUGAUCGAUGUAAGAAAUAAAGUCAAUUCAAUUCAAUUCCUGAUUCCGUGUCUGAGCUGCUCGCCUCCGGGUAUCCUCCGUCAACAAGCUUCUUCCUCAGUCA